GGGAGAGGGAGAGGGAGAGGGAGAGAGAGAGAGAAGUAGUCCAGUAUUGUCAGUUAGUCAUGGUAGUGUAGAACUGUGAGGUAACACAAUGGCAAUGACUGAGCAAAUAGAGACUGGAGCAGGCUGUUCCUCCAAGUCAUUCAAGCUGUACUCUCCAAAGGAGCCCCCCAACGGCAGCUCCUUUCCCCCGUUCCACCCCGGCACCAUGCUGGACAGAGACCUGGGCCCAACCCCCAUGUACCCCCCCUCAUACCUGGAGCCUGGAAUAGGGAGACACACACCAUACGGGAACCAGACAGACUACAGGAUAUUUGAGCUCAACAAACGGCUACAGAACUGGACAGAGGAGUGUGAUAAUCUGUGGUGGGAUGCGUUCACUACAGAGUUCUUUGAGGACGAUGCCAUGUUGACCAUAACCUUCUGUCUGGAGGACGGGCCCAAGAGAUACACGAUUGGCCGGACGUUGAUCCCGCGGUACUUCCGGAGUAUAUUUGAGGGGGGUGCCACCGACCUCUACUACGUGUUGAAGCACCCCAAAGAGUCCUUCCACAACAACUUCGUCUCGCUGGACUGUGACCAGUGUACCAUGGUUACGCAGAACGGAAAACCCAUGUUCACACAGGUGUGUGUGGAGGGUCGUCUGUACCUGGAGUUCAUGUUUGACGACAUGAUGAGGAUCAAGACGUGGCACUUCAGCAUCCGACAGCACCGCGAACUGAUACCGCGCAGUAUACUGGCCAUGCACGCCCAGGACCCCCAGAUGUUAGACCAGCUGUCUAAGAACAUCACCAGAUGUGGACUGUCUAACUCCACCCUCAACUACCUCCGACUGUGUGUGAUUCUGGAGCCCAUGCAGGAGCUGAUGUCCAGACACAAGACCUACAGCCUCAGCCCCAGGGACUGUCUCAAGACCUGUCUCUUCCAGAAGUGGCAACGCAUGGUGGCCCCGCCAGCUGAACCAGCCAGACAGGCCCCUAAUAAGAGGAGGAAGCGUAAGAUGUCAGGCGGCAGCACCAUGAGUGCCGGAGGAGGAACCAACAACAACAACAACAAGAAGAAGAGUCCAGCGAGCAGCUUCCCCCUGUCCAGCCAAGUACCAGACGUGAUGGUGGUGGGAGAGCCCACCCUGAUGGGAGGGGAGUUCGGGGACGAGGACGAGCGCCUGAUCACGCGGCUGGAGAACCAACAGUUCGACGCGGCCAACGGCAUCGAUGACGAGGACAGCUUCAACAACAGCCCCGCGCUGGGCGCCAACUCCUGGAACAACAAGGCCCCAUCCAGCCAGGAGAGCAAGAGUGACAACCCUACGUCUCAGGCCUCACAGUAGAGGAGGGGAGGGAGGGGAGGGGCUUCCGUAGUCUUAAAGGGGUUUCCUCUCCUUGUGGGUGUGUGUCAAUUGUCUGUAGUGGCUUCCUGACUGUUCUUAUGUUUUCCUCUUAAAGGGGCAAUCCGCAGUUGAAAAAAUAACUUAGUGUCACCUCUACUUCCUGUUUUAGUAAAAAGCUGAGGGAUGGGCCUGGAGAAGUGUAACCACUCUAAAAUUCAUAGACCGCUAUGGGUACAAGGACUGACCAUCCAAGAUAUAACAAACAUAUAUAUAUAUAGUUUUAAGCAUGUUUUGAGGCUAUACUGUUUUUCAUUAGAUGGUUACAGAGUAAACCACAUUGAUAUUGUGGGUUGUGACGGGGUGCGUCAGUUGAAUUAAGCCCCUGAGACAACAGGUACAUAUCAUUCAUUCAGAAGUCCAAAAAAUGGCUGUAGGGACUACGGAUUGCCCCUUUUUUAAUAGGGAUUUUUAUCUUGGCCUGUGGAGUAGACGAAGGAUCCCACUGGUUGAUAAGAGGUUACCUUUCCCUGUCUACCUUCCUACAUCAGUUCUGAUAUGAGAGCUUGGUAGGUGACAGGAAAUGACUGAGAGCUAUUACUUAUAGGGGCCUCCAGACCUGGCUCUCCUAGCUGGUCUUUUAAGGAGAGACCUGAGGAGAGGGAAGACGCUUGGGACAGUUGAGAUGCACCCAGGUAGGGGUGCAGGAAGGGGUGGUGGGGUAGGGAGAGGGCGGGGGAGGGGGACACAUCUACCUUCAGAAGAAUCAUGGUCACUAGAUAUGGAGUCUUAACUCUGGUCCACUCUGCUGCUGCACUGUGUGUGUGUGUGUGGCUGUUACUUGGUCAGAACUAAAGCCUGGACUGUGCCAAAGCUAGCGGACCGGAGUUGAGAUCCAAUCAGUUUAAAAUGCUUUCUCACACACACAGACACACACACACACACACACACCAUUGAAGGAGUACUGAUCCAACCUUUUAACAGAUAACAGAAAGCAUUUAAACAACAACAUUUUAGAGUUUUCUACCAGUCUCUAUUUCCCUAGAAUGUUUUUAUUUUAUUUUCUACUCCUGCAUUUCAAACCUACUUUUUAUUUCUUCUUUUUUACCGACGAUAUUCAGAAGCUAACAGACCAAGGAGCCAGAAAACAGGACUAUUCUACCCUCCCCCCUGACAAAAUAUAUUUGGUCUGUUUUAAUAUCUUUUAUGUUUUAAAGAGAAAUAAUUGUGGAUGUUUUUUGAGAUUGAUUUUCUCCUGGUUUUUCGUGUAUUUGUGCUUGUAUAUUUAAGGUAGUAGCAACGUCCUGUACGACUGUAUCCCAACUUAGAGGUUCCUGAAGACAUUCUGAUCUGAUGGAAAGAAAUGAAAUGAAAAAGAAAUGGACAAAAAGAAGGAAAAAAACACAUGAACCUCUUGACCAAUCCCCUCUCUCCAUUUACAUCUCUUAACCAAUCCCGUCUCUCCAUUUACAUAUCUUAACCAAUCCCGUCUCUCCAUUUACAUAUCUUAACCAAUCCCCUCUCUCCAUCUACAUCUCUCAACCAAUCCCCUCUCUCCAUUUACAUCUCUCAACCAAUCCCCUCUCUCCAUCUACAUCUCUCAACCAAUCCCCUCUCUCCAUUUACAUCUCUCAACCAAUCCCCUCUCUCCAUCUACAUCUCUCAACCAAUCCGUCUCUCCAUUUACAUCUCUCAACCAUUCCCCUCCAUCUACAUCUCUCAACCAAUCCCCUCUCUCCAUCUCUCUCUUUCUCUCUCUCUCUUUACAGUGUCCAUCCUGAUCAUAACAGUGACACCUCUCUCUCUCUCUCUUUAGUGUCCUCCUGAUCAUAACAGUGACACCUCUCUCUCUCUCUCUUUAGUGUCCUCCUGAUCAUAACAGUGACACCUCUCUCUCUUUCUCUUUAGUGUCCAUCCUGAUCUCUUUUCUUCUUUCUUUUAAAUGUUUUUAACUUGUGUACAUUCAUUUAUAAAACCCUGGGGUACAGUCACCAUUGAGAAGACAAAACCCUGGGGUACAGUCACCAUUGAGAAGACAAAACCCUGGGGUACAGUCACCAUGGAGAAGACAAAACCCUGGGGUACAGUCACCAUUGAGAAGACAAAACCCUGGGUACAGUCACCAUGGAGAAGACAAAACCCUGGGGUACAGUCACCAUUGAGAAGACAAAACCCUGGGGUACAGUCACCAUUGAGAAGACAAAACCCUGGGGUACAGUCACCAUGGAGAAGACAAAACCCUGGGGUACAGUCACCAUGGAGAAGACAAAACCCUGGAGUACAGUCACCAUUGAGAAGACAAAACCCU